GGAAGUGAUACUGUGAGGAACAGAAGCUCCAGAGCAUCUUCAGUGUGUUUGGUGCUGAUGUGUGUUCUUCUGCUGACUGCAGUCAUAGUGCUGUGUGUCCUCAUCAAAUCAAAGAGCACAAACUGCUCUGAAGAGACACAUCAGCUACUAUCCAAGAUCACCAACCUCACAGAAGAGAGAGACCAGCAACAAAAUGAGAAAGACCAGCUACAGAUCAAGAUCACUGACCUCACAGAAGAGAGAGACGAGCUACUAACCAAGAACAUGCAACUGGCAAAAGAGAGAGAUAGAUUAUCAUCAACUAACCUUGACCUGAUUAAACACAGAGACCAGUUAAAUAAGGAGAAAAAUGAACUGUCAAAAAGUCUUCAAGAAAUGGAUGAAUGGAUUUACUAUAAAUCCAGUCUUUACUUCAUUUCCACUGAAGAGAAGAGCUGGACUGAGAGCAGAAGAUACUGUACAGAGAGAGGAACAGAUCUGAUCAUCAUAAAUAACAGAGAAGAACAAGUGAGUAAACCAAUGUUUACUAACUAG